GCAUCCUCAACCGUAAACCGCCACAGAUUGUUAGUCCUGCGAGGUGUGCGUGCAGCUAUGCACUGAAGAUGUGUGCGGCCAGGUUCAGCGGCUGCCACAAUGGCUGUGGCGAGGAGGCCGCCGCGGGGCCCGCUGGUCCGGUUCCAGCCUCCAGGAUGCUGGACUGGACGGAGGCCGGUCCCCGCAUCCUCCACAGCCUGGAGAUGGGCACGGUGAUGACCGUCUUCUACCAGAAGAAGUCCCAGAGGCCCGAGAGGAGAACCUUCCAGAUAAAGCAAGACAUGCGGCAGAUCGUGUGGAGCCGAAACCCCGACAAAGUAGAAGGAGAGGUGGACAUACGAGAGAUCCGGGAGCUGCGGUUGGGGAAGGGCUCCCGGGAUUUUGAGCGCUACCCGGAGGAGGCCCGUAAACUUGACUCCGCCCACUGCUUCAUCGUGCUCUAUGGCCUGGAGUUUCGCCUCAGGACGCUCAGCGUGGCCGCCUUCAGCGAAGAGGAGGUCAACAUGUGGAUCACUGGUCUCAACUGGCUGAUGACGGACACUCAGAGAGCUCCCGCCCCACAGCAGAUAGACAGGUGGCUGAGGAAACAGUUUGAAGUCAUGGACAGGAGCCACGAGGGCAGCAUCACAGUGAAGGAUGUGAAAGCCCUGCUGCCUCAGGUCAACUACAGAGUGCCGAGCAUGCGCUUCCUGAAAGACAAGCUGCAGGAGGUGGAGGCCAGGAGUGACUUGUCGUACCCCAACUUCUCACAGCUCUACAGAACGCUGAUGUUUGACGCUCAGAAGACUAUUAUUGAGCAGCUGGAGCUCUCCUUCCCACUGCGGAAUGUAGAUAGACCGGAGCUUUGUCAGAUCUCCCUCUACGACUUCCAGAAGUUUUUACAGAUGGACCAGAAGGAGUCCUGGGCGUCGGAUCUGAGUCGCGUCAGAGAGUUCCUCACGGGGUACAUGAGGGGCGGACCGCAGCCUGAGCCCAUGCUGCAGCUCGAUGAGUUUCUGACGUUCCUCUUCUCCAAAGAGAAUUCUGUGUGUGACCCUCGACUUUCCCCUGUUGUUGCUGAUGACAUGAAGAGGCCGCUGUCUCAGUACUGGAUCUCCUCUUCACACAACACCUACCUGACAGGUGACCAGUUUUCCAGUGAAUCCUCUCUAGAAGCCUACGCCCGCUGCCUCAGGAUGGGCUGCCGCUGCAUUGAGCUGGACUGCUGGGACGGACCUGACGACCUGCCAAUCAUCUACCACGGCCACACGUUGACCUCCAAGAUCAAAUUCCUGGAUGUGCUGCACACCAUCAAAGAACAAGCCUUCGUCACAUCCGAGUAUCCUGUGAUCCUGUCCAUCGAGGACCACUGCAGCGUGGUCCAGCAGAGGAACAUGGCCACACACUUUAAGAAGGUGUUUGGGGAUCUGCUGCUCACCAAGCCCGUCGAUACCAACGCGGAGGAGCUUCCCUCGCCGUACCAGCUCCGCAGGAAGAUCCUCAUCAAGCACAAGAAACUGGUCGAGGGCACGCUGUACGAAGAGGUGACAUCAGCCAGCUACUCUGAAAACGACAUCAGCAACUCGCUGAGGAACGGCAUCCUUUACCUGGAAGACCCCAUCGACCACACGUGGACUCCACACUAUUUCGUCCUGACCAGUAAUAAGAUUUACUACUCGGAGGAGACGUCUCACUACCAGACAGCGGAUGAGGAGGAGGAGGACGAAGGAAAAGUGGAGUGUAACAACAACAACGAGCAGCACUGUGCAGAGCGCUGGUUCCACGGGAAGCUGGGCGGAGGUCGUGAUGGUCGACAGGUGGCGGAGAAGCUCCUGCAGGAGUACUGCGAGGGCGGGGCCAAAGACGGCACCUUCCUGGUUCGGGAGAGUGAGACGUUUGUCGGAGACUACACCCUCUCGUUCUGGCGCUCCGGUCGUGUCCAGCACUGCAGGAUCCAUUCGCGCCAGGAAUCCGGCUCCACCCGCUUCUACCUCACCGACAACCUGGUGUUCGACAGCCUCUACCGCCUCAUCUGCCACUACAGAGACACGCCUCUGCGCUGCAACGAGUUCGAGAUGAGGCUGGGCGGCCCCGUGCCUCAGCCCAACGCACACGAGAGCAGAGAGUGGUACCACUCCAGUCUGUCCCGCGUUCAGGCUGAACACAUGCUGAUGCGCGUCCCCAGAGACGGAGCGUUCCUGGUGCGGAAACGCAGCGAAAACAACUCCUAUGCCAUCUCCUUCAGGGCGGAGGGGAAGAUCAAACACUGUCGCAUUCAGCAGGAGGGACGUCUCUUCAUGCUGGGCAGCUCGGCAGAGUUCGAGAGUCUCGUCGACCUCGUGAGCUACUAUGAGAAGCAUCCUCUGUACCGCAAGAUGAGGCUGCGGUACCCCAUCAACGAGGACACGCUGGACCGCAUGGGCACCACGGAGCUUGACUACGGGGCUCUCUAUGAGGUCCGCAGCCCUCAUUUCUAUGUGGAAGCCAAUAAGAUGCCCACAGCACGGUGUACGGUCAAAGCUCUGUACGACUAUCGAGCUCAGAGGGAAGAUGAGCUCUGUUUCCCCAAACAGGCACUCAUCCUCAACGUGGAUAAGCAGGAGGGCAGCUGGUGGCGAGGUGACUACGGAGGAAAGAAACAGCUGUGGUUUCCUGCAAACUACGUGGAGGAGGUUCCCAGUUCUCCCGCUCGAGAGCUGGAUGAAGUACCAACAGAGAAUAGUCCUCUCGGAACAUUCCUGAAGGGCUUCAUCGAUGUACCCACCUGCCAUGUCGUGGUGCAUAAGGACGGGAAGAACUCUCGUCCCUACGUGUUCACGAUCCACUCCCAGCAGCUGUCGUCUCACCCGGUUCAGACGCUGGAUGUGGCGGCCGACAGUCUGGAGGACGUGACCAGCUGGGUGGGCAAGAUCCGAGAGGCCACACAGAACGCCGAUGCUCGGAUGCAGGAGGAGAAGCAAAUGGAGAGGAGGAAAAAGAUUGCGGUGGAGCUGUCUGAGCUCGUGGUCUACUGCAGACCUGUCCCCUUUAACGAGGACAAGAUCGGGACGGAGAGGGCAUGCUACCGGGACAUGUCCUCCUUCCCUGAGACAAAGGCAGAGAAGUUUGCGGCGCGCAGUCGAGGGAAACGCUUCCUGCAGUACAAUCGGCGCCAGCUUUCCAGAGUUUAUCCCAGAGGGCAGAGGCUGGACUCGUCCAACUACGACCCGCUGCCCGUGUGGCUCUGUGGCUCCCAGCUGGUCGCGCUCAAUUUCCAGACCCCAGAUAAACCCAUGCAGCUGAACCAGGCCUUGUUCAUGCUGGGAGGGGCCAGUGGCUUCGUUCCACAGCCUGAUGUCAUGAGGGAUGAUGCCUAUGACCCUUUCGACAAGGACACCUUACACGUGGAGCCAAUCACCAUCCAGUUACAGCUGCUGGGAGCCCGUCAUCUCCCUAAAACCGGCCGCAGCAUCGUCUGUCCCUUCGUGGAAGUGGAGAUCUGUGGAGCCGAGUACGACAGCUGCAAAUGCAAGACAGACGUCGUAGCUGACAACGGGCUGAAUCCUGUGUGGGUGCAGAAGCAGUUUGUGUUCGACAUCCACAACCCCACCUUCUCCUUCCUGCGCUUCACUGUCUACGAGGAGGACAUGUUCAGUGACCCUAACUUCCUGGCACAGGCGACCUACCCUGUCCGUCUGCUACGAACAGGCUACAGGAGCAUCCCUCUUAAGAACAGCUACAACGAAGAGCUGGAGUUGGCAUCACUACUGAUCCACAUAGAGAUCGUCAAUGCAAAGGAGGAAGACGAUGAGAACAUGUACAUGACCAUCCAGCGUCUGCGGGAUCGAACCAGCGAGCUGUCCACACAGGUUUCCCUCCUGGAGAGGUCUGGCUCAGGGGAUCUGGGAUACCAGCAGAUUUUGGAGGAGCUCAGAUCAGCUCAGGACCAACUGAGUGAGCUGGUGGAGGCUCGAAACCACAGGCUGAUGGAGAAGAAGAGAAGGGAGAAACUGAGGCAGCAGGUGGCAGCAAAGCGCAGCUAAUUCUCGGAUCCACCAGAGGGCGCUACACUGCAACACAAACGCUGCCACGAGAGCUCGCCAGCCAAAGAUCAUAACGGGCUUAUAACUGGAAUAUAAACAAUACAUUGUGAAACUUGAUGGCACCAGAGCAAAAAGGGACAAAUGGAAGCAGCUCAUGGACAAAAAAAACACCUCACAAAACUAAGCUAUAAAACCAAUCAUGUACGUAAUGCUGAAACGCAUUAAGAGUGAAAUAGCUUUCUUCUGGUGUUUUCAUGGAAACAAUACAGACGGGAGAGAUGAAGUAUCAGAGUUCUGAAUUGUACUAUCAUGAUCAGACCUCGAACAACUACUUGCUUGUCAGAAAAUUAACCUGCAACCUUUCUUGCGUUUCAUAAAUUGGGUUUGAUCUGAAAUAAGCUAUUUGAAGAUGCUACCUUGAGCUUAAGGAAAUACUUUUUACGAACCAAAUAAUUAAGUCGACUAAUGGAAAUAAUAAUCAGGACAUUGCUUGUUAGUUGAACGUCUUGUCGAGUUUUAGACACUGAAUGUCUGCUAAUUAUAAAAUGUGCAGCUGGAAAACUGCCACAACAAGAAAGUCAAUUUCAUCACAUUGUCAAUUUUUACAACAACAGAUUAAUGCUGUCCAACACGAGACCAGAACAAUGGCUGCUAUUUGACACUUUUAGGAACUGGAACAUUUGAGUGUAUAUGUUGGUAUAACAGCACAUAACUGGGGAAGUCCCUACAGCAAUACAGAGCACCAAACGGAUACCAGUCUCGUCUCCCAGUGACUGGGAUCUUUCUGUUAUUGGAAAGGUCACAUCAGGCAUGACUUAAAUAUUGCUUUCUUUACUUGUUAAAACUAAAUAUAACUACAGGGAUAUAAAUGUACUGAAUUGUUAUUAAAAUAAUGGUAUCAGAUCCAGGCAUUUUUAAAUCAAUCUCACUACUCAAAACUGAAGUGUAACGUUCACUCUUACUGUGUUCGAGGUAAUCGGAAUAUAAAGGGAGGAGAAAACUCAGGUAACACAAAUGGAUGGACUUAAAGGGAGCAGUGCAAAAAAAAUAAAAAAAUCAUGUAUGUGUCUUUUUUAACAUUGUAAAAGAAGACUUUUUUUUUUUUUUUUUUACUGGAAUAGUGACCCUUAAUGGGAAAAUUUAAACAAAAACGGUGGACAAAUCCACUCGUUUUGACUCACUACUCAUGAAAUGGAUUUAAAAAGGGAUUUAGUUAUACGUCUCCUCAUUUGUUUUUGAUGGGUUUUCAGGACAGGAGCCCUCUCUGCGGUCAGACAUUGCUGUUCUACCUGGGAGAGCCCAAACUGGAUGACCUGUAUUGAAUAAAUCCUCACCACACCGAGAAGAUCUUUUUAAUACCUCUUCAAAGGGCUCUAAAUAAACUACUUAUACUAAAGAGGCACACAAACAGCGAGCAGGUAGAGGGGGAGACCACAAUCCUCCCACUGCCCCUUCACAUCAUCUGCACAGGGGUUCAGAUGUGUUCGUCAGUCAGACACGUAACAAACAAGGGCUAUCUAUGAAAACUAGCAGAACACAACCAAGAUCAGGUCCCAUCAUCUCUCAAAUCUGUCUUCUUGGCCUAUAGCCAUGUUUAUUAGGCUAACUCAAAUUAAAAUCUCUUUGUACCUACGCUAACUGUCUUGUAUAAUGACUCCGUAUUAAAAUGCUGUGCAAGUUUCCAUUUAUUAAAGCUCUUUAAUGUA